UGACUUUACAUACAAAGCGAUUUAGCAACUGCUGUACUACCAUCAAGAUGGAAAGAAAGGUUGCAUUCCUCCUUCUGUUAAUUAACGUAAACGUAAUAUUGGCUGAUCGCUGUUCUCUUCAUCCGAGCUUAUGGUGUUCCUCAAGGGAGACGGCAAGGGCUUGUAAGGUGGAGCAGCAGUGCAAACCAUGGUUAAAAUUGAAGAUUGAUGCACCGCCAGUCAAUCUAACUUUAUACUACGAGUCUCUCUGCCCAGACUGUAAACAAUUUAUAGCCGAACAACUUCAACCAACUUGGGAAAAGUUAGGAGCGACAGGAAUACUGAACUUGGAAUUGGUUCCAUAUGGCAAUGCUCAGGAACAAAAUGUUGGAGAUGAGUGGCAGUUCACAUGUCAACAUGGUGAACGAGAGUGCGCUGGCAACGUCAUGGAGACGUGUGUCUUAUCCCUUGUUCCGUUCAAACAAGCAGUUCUUGUGAUCUUCUGUAUGGAAGCAGCAAAUGACCCAGCUAAUGCUGCUCAACAGUGCCUUAUGAAGUAUGGGUUAGAGUUUAAUGCUGUUUCCAAAUGUGCCAACAGUAGUCAAGGCAACCAGCUUGAGCAUAAGAUGGCUCUGAAAACAGAUGCUUUACAGCCACCUCACACCUACGUGCCUUGGGUAACAAUCGAAGGGGUGCACACAGAAGAAAUGGAGAAGGCGGCCGAGAAGGAUCUUCUUCACCUAAUAUGCAACUACUAUACUGGGCCUAGACCUGAUGCAUGCAAUACUAACAAGCCUAUCACCCACCACUCCUUAAACUGAAAUUUACCUUAUAAACAGCACCCACAGGACAACAGGAAAACAAUAAUAUACUCUUUAAGUUUUCAAAAUCUUUUUGGAUAUAUUAUAAAUGUUCUUAAAAUAAUUUUAUAAUGACAGAGUAAUUUUUGUUUCUUAACAUUUUAAUUAAAUAUAAAUUAAAAUUUGAUACAUUUUUGUAAUUAUAAUCUAUUGAUCAAUAUGAUCGCACAAAUAACAACUUUAUAAUGCAGAUAUUAAACAUGCACAAAGCAA